AUGCGCGCUCGCGCUUUUUCGAUUCGUUCCAACUCAUCGCAGAGCUCAUCAUUACCUCCGUCCAGUACGGGCCAAAAGGAGGACGAUCACACUUUGCAACACUCCGAUUCCGUAUCAACGAGGCCUGCCCAAACGGGGUCCUCUCAGCAAGAUGCUCAAUCCAAGCAAACGACAAGCACUACGCCAAAAGUCAAAAUCCCACCGAACGAAACUGUAUACAUUGGGAACCUUUUCUACGAUAUCACAGCUGAGGAUUUGCGAAAACACAUGGAGAAGUUCGGGACUGUUCUGCAUACCAUGAUUGUGCAUGAUAAUCGCGGUCUCAGUAAAGGUUUUGGCUACGUUCAAUUUAAUACCAUCGACGAAGCCACGGCCGCCGUCCAAGGCAUGCACUCUACGAUUUUAGAAGGGCGUCAAGUGGUCGCACACUACGCCCGUAGCCAUUUUAAUUACCAACGCGCAUCAUACCCUCCAACGGAAACCCUUUUCAUUGGCAGCCUUCCUCUCGAAAUGACGGACCGGGACUUGCAGGAUCUCGUCCACGACGUCAAGAAUCUCCUCGAUGUUCGCAUCCCUGUUGACCGUCGAUCUGGCAUGCCGCGAGGUUUUGCGCACAUGGAGUUCCUCGAUACCGAAUCGGCCAUGCAGGCGAUGGAAGUCCUCGCGAGGAAAAGACCAUACGGGCGUAAAUUGGCUGUUACAUUCGCGGAAAGGAAACGAGUUGGCAUGAUGAAACCUCGACUGGAGCCUGUUGACCGGGAGCAUGCGCAAGCAGAGGCCGCAGCGAGGAGGCGGGACAGGGCCAGAAGGGAAGCCGAGGAGGCUGAAAGGGCAUUGGAGAAAGAAAUGAUAUCGGCCGAGGGCGAGAAGGUUGAUGAAUCAUUGCCGUGGAAAGAAAAGGCGUAG